CAUGCAGCCAUGAGCGCCGCACCCUCUGCGCCCGCUGCGGCCCGCCUCGAGCGCGAGCGCCGCCGCCAUGCGCUGCGCGCCGCCAACGCUGCCCUCUGGAGCGCCGGCGCCGGCGCGCGUGAGGCGCCCGCCGCCGCCGACGCCGGCCUCAAGAAGAACACGGCCUACAUCAAGCGCCUGCGCGCCGGCGUCGGCGCCGAGGCGCGCGACGCGCUGCUGCGCGACAUGCCCGGCCUGCGCCUCGAGAAGUACGUCGAGGAGCUCGUCGGCGCGCUGCCCGAGGGCCUGGCGCGCUGCGCCAAGGAGAAGGACGUCGCGGCCGCCGGCGAGAUCCUCUCCGCAUUCCAUGCCCGCUUCGCGCCGGCCGACUUUGCGCUGCCGCUCUCGGCGCUCUUCGCUGCCCAGCUCGCGCCGCCGAACCGCACGGCGCUCGCUGCGCUGCCAGCCGAGGCGCGCGAGCGCGACGAAGCGGCGCGGGUCGUGCGCCAGAAGACGCUGCUGCGCGUCGCGGCCGAGGGAGCGGUCAUCGAGCUGCUGCGCGGCGAGGUCUCGCGCAAGGAGGCAAAGGAGGCGGCCGAGGACAAGGAGGCCGGCGCCGAGUGGCUGUACGGCAUCCUGCGCGAGCUCCUGGCGUCGGAUAGGGAGCACGCAAACGUGCCGCUGCUCAUCGCGCUGCUCAAGGGGCUCGGGCCCACGCUGCUCGGCACAGCCAGCGCGGCAAAGGGCAUGGCGGACUCGGCGGCAGAGACCAGCAUCGCUGCUGCGCCGGGUCCACCCGCUCUGCUGAGCAGCGAGAUGCAGGCGCGCUUCCAGAAGCUCUGCGAGACGUACUUUUCGACGCUGGCGAAGCGCAUUGUCAAGGACUACACGCGACUGCAAGAUCAGGACAAGCGCAACCACGAGGCCUACAUUCGCUCGGGCGAGAUCUUCGAGGACCGGCAGCAGAGCUACGAGCGCAUGACGAAGACGUUUGAGCGCAUGCACGAGCUCGGCAAGAGCCUCUCGGACCUGAUCGGCGUAGCCCUGCCCACGCUGUCCGAGUCCAAGGCCCGCGGCAUCGGCCUGAACGUCAAUCUCGACUCGCGCUCUGCGCUGCCGGACGCGCGCGGCGACGAGGAGUUUGCGUCGGGCAAGAGCCCGUGGGAGGACGAAGACACGCGGCGCUUCUACGAGGAUGUCGUGGACCUCGGCGAGAUGGUGCCGAGCAGCCUGCUCGGCGGCGCCGUGCCAGUGCAGGACGCAUGGGGCAACGAGGAAGGGGAGAAGGGACCCGAAGGCGAGAAGGGCUCCAACGGCAGCAAGCCGACGAGCCCGGCACUCAGCGCCAAGGCACUGCCCACGUCGCCCGAGCUCGGCACGGACGAGGAGCCUAAGGAGGCCACAGCUCUCAGUGCCGCACCCGCAGACGAGGCACUCUCGUCGGGGCCCGCGGCGCAGCUCGGCGCCCUGCUCGCGCGCCUGCCCGAGAUGACGAACCGCACGAUGAUCGACUCGGCGGCCGUCGAGUUUGCCUUUCUGAACUCCAAGGCGGCGCGCAAGCGUCUCGUCAAGCACCUCGGCGCCGUGUCGCGCAACCGCAGCGACCUGCUGCCGUACUAUGCCCGCCUGACUGCUGCGAUCAACCGCUACUGCCCGGAUGUUGGAGCAGGCGUCGUCGCCAUCCUCGAGGAGGAGUUCCGCUACUUGCAGCGCAAGCGCAACGUUGACCUCGCCGAGACGCGGGGCAAGAACAUGCGCUUCAUUGCCGAGCUCACCAAGUUCCGCGUGAUGCCCAUGUACGCCAUCUUCCACUGCUUCAAGGUCUGCCUCGACGACUUUGCAGGCCCCAACGUCGAGAACCUGGCCACGCUGCUCGAGGCGUGCGGACGCUUCCUGCUGCGCACGAGCGAGACGUCAGAGCGCAUGCGCAGCAUGCUCGAGAUGCUGCGUCGCAAGCGCGCCGCGCAGAACCUCGACCACCGGCAGGUGAUGCUGCUCGACAAUGCCUACUACCAGUGCAACCCGCCGGAGCGCGACGCCGUCGCCAGCAAGGUCCGCACGCCGCUCGAGCUCUACAUCCGCCAUCUGAUCUACGACGUGCUCAGCAAGCGCACGCUCGAGCGCGUGCUCAAGCAGCUGCGCAAGCUCGACUGGCACGACGCAGACGUCGUGCAGUGGCUGCGCGAGGCCUUUACGCGGCCGUGGCGCAUCAAGUUCUCCAACGUGCACCUGCUCGCCAUCCUCACGCACGACCUGCAGACGUACCACCCGGACUUUUCCGUCGCCGUCGUGGACGCGACGUGCGAGCAGGUCCGCGCCGGCAUGGAGGCCAACAUCUUCAAGCUCAACCAGCGCCGCGUCGCCACGAUUGCGUACCUCGGCGAGCUGUACAACUACCGCCUCGUCAGCUCGUCGGUCAUCUUCGACCAGCUCUGGUCGCUGACGACGUUUGGCCACGCCGGCGGCUGCCCGCUGCCGGGCCAGGUCUCGCGGCUCGACGCGCCCGACGACUACUUCCGCCUGCGUCUGAUCUGCACGCUGCUCGACACGUGUGGCCAGUGCUUCGACCGCGGCGCGCUGCGGCGCCGCCUCGACGACUUUCUCGUCUGGCUGAACCUCUACGUGCUAUCCAAGGAGCAGCCGCUGCCGAUGGACUCGGACUUCAUGCUGCUCGACACGCUCGAGGCGCUGCGCCCGAGCUUUGUGCUGGUGCGCAGCGUGGAGCAGGCCGCGCGCGCAGUCGACGACAUGGUUGCCGCGCAGCGUGCCGCGCAUCCCGAGCCCGAGGCGGACGUGCUGCACGAUGAGAUGGACGACGACGAGAGCGAUGCGACGCACAGCGCAGACGAUGGGCUGCCUCGUGUUGGCGACGACGAAGAGGGAGACGGCUCGUCGUCGGAGGACGAAGACGACGCAGACGAGCCCGCGGCCGAGCUCGAGCAGGAGGCCGACAUGGGCCGCCACAUUGCGCACGACGGUGGCGACGAGGCCGAGGCCGAGGCCGAGGACGACUUUGCGCGCGAGCUCGCCAAGAUGCUCGCCGAGAGCGCCGGUCCUGCAGCCGGCAGCGGUGGCCCAGCGGCGGCGACGGCGCGGGCGCAGCAAAAGGGCCUCUUCGACGCCGGCCUGCCCUUCAUUCGACGGGGGCAGCAGCAGCCACCGCCGCAGGAAGCGGCCGCCCCCGACGCGCCGCCGUCGCACAUGCGCUUCUCGCUCCUCUCGCGCAAGGGCAACAAGCAGCAGACCCACGACGUGCAGGUCCCGCUCGACGCGGCCAUUGCCAUCAACACGCUCAGCAAGCAGCAGCGCGAGGCCGCCGAGCGGCAGCAGCUCAAGAAGCUCGUGCUCUCGUACGAGGGCCGCGAGGAGGUGCGCGAGGACGCCGCGAAGCGCAAGUCGCUCGAGCAGAGUCUCAAGGCGCGCGGCAUCAAGCUCACCUACGCGGACAAGGGCUGACCACGCGUCAGGGCUUAUUACGCUGGCGGCCCAUGCGUCAACCACGGCCCAUGCGUCAACCACGGCCCAUGCGGCAAUUGCGGCGGCCCGCUGACGCCAUGCGCAGCGCUCACGGCGCCCGGCAUCGAGCUCACACACACGUAGACCAGACCGCCAAGGGCUACGACGGCGUCGGCAGUCUGCUCUUUCUCUCGCGAGGGCUCGGCCGCGCAGCACGCUGUCCACUGGCGCAAUCGUUCGCCGACAGCGCCGCCGCCCGGCACCUCGUCCGCGUCGCGGCGAAGACGGCGCACACCGGCGUGCUCAUCAUCGCGCCGACUCGCUGCGUAAUGAAUCUAUGCGCCCGCCUC